CAGCAAUAACAUUGAUUAUGGCCAUAUCAUGAUUAUCUUAUUGAAAACAUAAUUGAAUAUCUUUCUUAACAGAAGUAAAACUUUCGACACUGUUAAUGAUGAGGCCCAUUAACAUUUAUUAAUUUUUUUCCUCAAAUGUAACAACAAUUGGCAAAUAGCAUACUAUCAGUACUUUUUUAUGGUUAUAAUGUCGUCGCCGUUGAUGCAUAAUUACCACCAUCAUCAUCAUCACCAUCAUCAAACGCAUUUAGCAAAUUGGUCACAUGGUUCAGAUUAUCAUCCACUAAUAUGGUCUACGGCAAAUAAUUUGUUGAUUCAACUUCGUGAUGAUCAGUUGAAUAUUGAUCAAAAAAUGCCACAAUCGUUGGAAAUGCCAACAACGACAACAACAAUGUCAAUUUUUUAUGGUGAUGCUUUUUCAAAUCAUUCUUCAUUAACUACAUCAAAAACAGAAUCUUUUACAACAACCGUAUCGGCAUCAUCAUCAUUACCGUCAAAAGAUGCAUUAUCUUUGUCCGCCAUAUUGACAUUGGAUACGAUAUUAACAUUAAUAUUGCCGUAUUCAAUAAUAUUCAUAUUGUCCAUUGUUGGGAAUUUACUUGUGAUAAUCACACUUACAUUGGAUCAUUCAAUGCGUUCAGUAACAAAUAUAUUCUUGCUAAAUUUAGCCAUUUCUGACCUAUUGUUGGGUGUUUUCUGUAUGCCAUUCACAUUGGUCGGUGUUUUAUUACGUCGAUUUAUAUUUGGAGCUUUUGUGUGCCAUAUGAUUUCUUAUUUUCAAGCUGUUUCGGUUGCCGUAUCUGUCUGGACAUUGGUAUCCAUGUCGAUUGAACGUUAUUACGCCAUUUGUCACCCAUUUCGAUCAAGAGAAUCGAGACAAACAAAAAAACAUGCCUAUCGUAUAUUGGCAAUGGUAUGGACAUUGGCAUUCAUAACAAUGUCACCUACGGCCAUUGUUAGUAAGCUACAACAAACUAAUCAAACAGGACAUUAUAAAUGUCGUGAAGCAUGGCCAUCAUUUCUACAUAAACAAGUGUUCACAUUAUUCUUAGAUUUUAUCCUAUUGAUUAUUCCAUUAAUCAUAAUGAUUUUGACAUAUGGUUCGAUUGCAUUGACAUUGCGACAUAGUGUUUCAGGUAAACAACAGAUCAAUUGUGAUAUUAAUCAUCAAAAUCAACAACAAAAACAAGUAGGCCCGACAAAACAUUUACAAAUGUCAAUUACAAUGACAAAGAAUAAAAGUCCAAAUUAUAGUUAUAAGACGACUUCAUUCAAUCAACACGAUAAUUGUAACUUAACGGAUUCAAUUGAAACUGUUAAUAAUAUUAAUAAUAAUAAUGAAAUUAUUCGGUGCCAAAAAUUUCGAUCAAAUCAGAAUGGUGAUCACAAUAAUCAUUCAUACAACAAACAUUCUAAUCACUUUAAAAUUGGCCAACAUAUUACCGAAACAAAUCUAUCACCAACAACAACCACAUUGUUGAAUCGUUCGUCAAGUAAUCAUCAUCAUGUUCAAUCGCCAAUCAUUAAUAAUGGUCUAUUAUCACCGGAACUUUCUGGAUCCUGCGGCAGUUUACAAUCGACAACUAAUAAAACCAUAUUACGUGUGGCCAAUACAAGCUACAAUUCUUAUCACGGUACAUCUAGACAACGACGUAUUAUUACAAUGUUAUUCGUUGUUGUUAUCGAAUUUUUUAUCUGCUGGUCACCAAUAUUCUUGUUGGAUACUAUGGCAUUAUAUAGGCCAGAAUUAGUGUAUGGAACAAGUCAAAAAGUUUCCAAUUGGAUUGGUAUCGAUAUUAUUUCCGUUUGUCAUUUAUUAUGUUUUUGUUCCACAUGUAAUAAUCCAAUCACAUAUUGUUUUAUGAACAAACGUUUUCGUGAUCAUUUUUCCUCAUUAUUUCGCUGCCGUACUGCAAUUCCCGUUAAUAUGAAUAAUCCAAGUUCAAUACAGCAACCAAAUGAAAUUAAAGUCUGAAUGCGCCAUCUAUUAUUUGUAAUAUAAUCAAUUUUUUUGCAAAAUUGGAAUUGUAAUAAAAG